AUCUAGUGUACCUACCUUACCAACCUUAGGUCCCUUGACUACCUUAUGUACAAAACCAUCAAUCAUCUUAACAUAGAUUUGAUUGCUACGUCCAACAUCAAUCAGCACUUUCUUCAUAAAACUGUUUUCCGCCAACAAACUUGCCACAUCGAUACGCACGGAAACAUCAAGACAUCAUGACUACAGCACACAGACCUACCUUUGAUCCUGCAAAAGGCAAAGAGGCCCUCCGCGGCCCAGCCUAUCACCAGCGCCUACUCCCCGCCCACACACAACUCAAGUACCGCAAGCGAGGCCAAGGUGGUGCCGCCGAUGCCGACGGCGCCGUCGACCUGCGCGCCGAGCUGCUCGCGGCAGAAGCUGCGCACGCCUCCAAGUCCGGCAAGACCAGUGCCAGCAUCGCGGCGCCUCCAUCACGCCACAGUCCAGCACCGGGCUCGGACGACGAAGGCGCAGCACGGCAAAAGCGACCGCUGGAGAUCACGGCAGACGGGGAGGAGGAUCCCGAGGCGAAGCGGAGGCGGAUCCUAGCAGAGACCAGAGAGCUGGACGCGGACGAUUCGGGUGGCAGCUCCGAGGAGGAGGAUGACGACGAUGACGAUAGUGAUGGCGACAGCGAUGAUUCGGAUGACGAGGAUGCGGAGCUCGCGCGGGAGUUGGAGAAGAUACGGCGGGAAAGGGCGGAGAAGCGCGAGCGGGAGGAGAGGGAGAAGGCGGCGGCUGCCGAGGAGGAGCGAGAGAGGGAUAUCGCGCUGGGUAACCCGCUGCUCAACAAGCCGGACUUUAACAUCAAGCGCAGGUGGGACGACGACGUGGUCUUCAAAAACCAAGCACGUGGGACGGAAGACAAGGGCAAGAGGAAGGAGUUUAUCAACGACCUUCUCCGCUCCGACUUCCAUAAACGUUUCAUGGGCAAGUAUGUGAGAUAAUGGAAGAGCAAGUAAUCUUUCAGGAGCUUAGGGAUGAUGAUAUGAAGAUCACAGUCUCUGAGCUAUCCGGAACGUGUGGCCUAGAAUUAAAGCUUGAUAAAACAGCGAUCAACUUUGGCGAAGAAGACUGUGGUUACUGCAAAUUGACAUUUGGAAUCACUAUGCGGAGUUAUUUUUUUUCUUUUCUUUUUGGCGAGGACAGGUAUGACGAUGUCUUGUAAUAUUCUUGAUGGUGUAAUGUUGCUCAAUGAUCUAGCUUAAGAUGUAUGCCAAGGACAAUAACAGCAGAUUAGCGGUUGGUUUUAGCGGAC